UCGGGACCAGGAAUAUUGAUCAACCCCCCCUAUGGCGAGAUGCUUGUAGACAUGCGUGCCCUUGCCACAGUCCGCAACGCUGACCUGGAGCUCAAAGUUGACUCCCUAGGCUGGCAUUUGACAUCGUCAGGGCUUUCUUUGCGGGGCUUUGCUGUGGAGGUCUAUGGGCGUAGCGGAGAGUCCAGCGGUCAGCUCUUCUCCUUGAACCCGAGUGAAGCGAAAGUGGAAGAGCAACAGGUGGAGGUGCCGGGCCUCGGGAGAUUGCCGGGCCUGGUGUGCACCAGCGAGCGCGGCAAGCUGGUGCUGGCGCUAGGGGAGGCCUUGCUGCUGCAGCUGGAGCUGAAGGUCCAAGAUGACAUUGUGGAGCACUUCUGCCUGCCCUUCGAAGUGCAGGGAGAUGGCGAGGUUGGGACAGUGCAGAGGCAGGUCACUUGCUGCACCUCCCGCUGGGUGCGACCUGCAGAGCACUCCAGCUUGCUGGUGAAUGGGUGGCAGAGCUUCAGCUUCAGUGGGGCCCUGCACGGUACCGAGAAGCAGCCUCAGACCUGUAUGCCCUUCUUCUCUGCUGCUUUCCACCAGGGUGCUGCUCUCCCCGCAGGUUGCCCAGCGGCCAAGGACCCCAACGUGCUUGUCAGCGACCUGUACGGCCAUUACCUUCAGCACGGUGACAACGCUUCCGACGUGUUGGGCGGUUUUCUGGCACAGAAGGCCGGCUUUGGUGGCCUCGCCGUCACUUCCACCCUCCCAGCAAAGCUGACCUUGUUCAGCGAGCUGCAGCCCGGCCCUUCUUUGUCCAGCGACUGGGCAUAUCUUAGCCUGCAGAAAGGCGGCUCCCAGGUGCAGCAGACAUAUUUUGACACGAUAAUGAAGCACCAUCAGCUGCGGCCGUGCAAGCCGCAACCAGUGGGUUGGUGCUCCUGGUACUGUCACGGACCCAACGUGGACGAACUGCUCAUGCAGCAGUCGCUAGAAGAGCUGAAAAGUCUUGGCUUGGAUUCUGGAGAGCUCGCACUGAAGCUCUUUCAGCUGGAUGAUGGCUGGCAGAAGAUGUGGGGCGACUGGACACCCAACGCGAAGUUUCCGAACGGCCUGAAGCCUCUCACAGCAGCGGUGAGGGAGGCAGGGCUGCUGCCGGGGAUAUGGCUGGCACCAGCGGCGCUGGUGGCGGGCUCCAAAGUGGCCAAGGAGCAUCCAGAAUGGAUACUGCGGGAUGAGUACGGCAAGGUGGUUUCGGGCGGCUUCACUGCCCCAGGGCUUUGGAUGCGUGGGCUGGACACUACAAUUCCAGAGGUCAUAGAACACAUUGAGAGCUUGAUCCGCACGAUCGUGCAUGAAUGGGGCUUCGGAUACUUAAAGUGCGAUUUCCUGCAUUUGGCGUCGUUGCCUGGGAAGCGCCAUGAUCCCCGCUGCAGCCGCGCGGAAGCAUUGACGCGGCUCAUGGCGGCAGUGCGCCGUGCCGCGGGGCCGGAUGUCUUCAUCUUAGCCUGCGGCGCUCCGCUGGGGCCCUGCGUGGGCCUGGCCGACGCCAUCCGCGUUUCUGCAGACACGGCGCCGCAUUGGCUGCCGGUGGGGCCGGACAUUCCUGGAACACGCUGGAUGUUUGCGCAUGAUCGCACCAAUCUGCCGUCAGCAAGGAAUAUGGUUUGCAGCACCAUGGCGCGGCUGCAGAUGAGCGGGCGUUUGUGGGUGAAUGACCCAGAUUGCAUGAUUCUGCGCGAGAAGGUGGCGCUGCACGAGGCGCGGGCGCUGGCGAGUGUGGUAGCCCUCAGCGCGGGCUCCGUGAUCUUCUCUGACGCACUGCACCUGGUGCCCAAGGAGCGCCUGGAGAUCCUGAAGGCGCUCCUGCCGCCACUGCCGCGGGCAGCCGAGCUGCCGCGAACGACUUGCCAGGAGAUCCCACACAAGAUGAUGACAAGCCUCAGCAGCGCGGUGGGCAGCUGGCAGCUGUGCGGCCUCUUCGCUUGGGAUGAAGCAGAAUUGCAGCACGAGCUGGAGGAUCAGGACUGUCACGUAUUCGAAUUCUGGAGCAGCGCUUACACACGGCACAAGGCAGCAGAUGGUAGCUUCCGAACGGGUCCCAUGGCUGCCCGCAGCUGCCGACUGCUGGCGCUGAGGCCGCUGCAGGCCCGGCCGCAGAUGGUGGGCUCCAACAUCCACGUUUCUUGUGGCAUGGAGGUGACCAGCUGGGAGGCGGCGGCGCAGUCCCUGAGCUUCACCAUCAACGUUCAGAGACGAAUCGUGGAGCCCCAGGUGUGGAUCUACCUGCCGGGCGCCAAGAGCCCUCGCUGCAGCGGAGCGGCGCAGGAGGUCUAUUCAGAGGUGUGGCGUUUCUCGCUGCCUGAAGUGCCAAAGAACGGGGCCAGCUUUCAGAUUGACUGGUAAGCGGAGGAUGAGGUUUCGCCACGGAAGAUCCGUUUGACGAGAUCCUCAAUAUGCCGGUUUGGCAGGAUGUGCUGAUGCCUGGUGUUCAGUUCUCCGAAGCCAAACCGCAAAGUUGGCAUGCAAAAGGCUUGCUGGCUGGAGAGAUCGCUUG